AUGGCUUCACACACUCGAACCGUCCCUGAUGGGAUGGAGAAUUUUGUCGUCGGACUGAUUGGCAUGGGCGACAUGGGCAAGAUGUACGCCGAAAGGCUGUCUGCCGCUGGCUGGAGAAUCUUGGCCUGCGACCGAGAAGAGAACCAGGAGAGCCUUCAGAAAGAAUAUGCUGGAAAUAAAAAUAUAGAAAUUUGUCGAAAUGGCCAUUUCGUAUCCCGCGCAAGCGACUACAUCAUCUACAGCGUUGAAGCCGCCGUCAUUGAUCGUGUAAUUGCUCAGUAUGGACCAUCUACCAAACUUGGUGCCAUCGUUGGAGGCCAAACCUCAUGCAAGUCCCCUGAGAUCGCCGCUUUCGAGACUCAUCUUCCGUCCGAUGUCGACAUUAUCUCCUGCCACUCGCUCCACGGCCCCAACGUCGACCCUUACAACCAACCCCUUGUUCUCAUUCAGCACCGCGCUCCAGACUCGGCCCUCCGCAAGGUCGAGGCUGUCUUGAGCUGCCUCAAGUCCAAGUUCGUCCAUCUCACGGCCCGUGAGCAUGACCGCAUCACUGCAGACACCCAGGCCGUCACCCAUGCCGCUUUCCUGUCUAUGGGCAAGGCGUGGCAUGCUAAUAAACAGUUCCCCUGGGAGCUGAGUCGCUACGUUGGUGGUAUCGAGAACGUCAAGGUCAAUCUGAUGCUACGCAUCUACAGCCAGAAGUGGCAUGUGUACGCAGGUCUUGCCAUCCUGAACCCUGAGGCUAGAGAGCAGAUCUCGCAGUAUGCACGAAGUGUUACAGACCUGUACAAGCUCAUGCUUGAAGGCAACCGCGAGGGUUUCAGGGAGCGAGUCUACCGUGCACGCGACAAGGUGUUUGGCCCGUCAACAUCUUGGGAGACACGUCCUCUGCUUGAGCCAUCGAUCCUCUCGUCCUUUUCUCUUGGUACACCAACCGACGAGCCCCGGCCCAACAACCACCUUUCAAUCCUCGCCAUGGUCGACUGUUGGGCUGCACUCAACAUCGUGCCAUAUGAUCACAUGCUCUGCAGCACCCCUCUAUUCCGUUUGCGUCUUGGUGUAACUGAGUAUCUAUUCCGAAACGGGGAUGUGCUGGAUGCUGCGAUUGAGACUGCAAUUGAUGACAAGACAUAUCGUAGUGACGAUCUGGAGUUUACCUUUGCAGCCCGGGCUUGGGCUGAAUGUGUCAAUCUGGGUCACUUUGAGACAUGGGAGAAGCGGUUUGUGAGCACCCAGGAAUUCUUCCAACCCCGAUUUGAGGAGGCUAAAGUGGUGGGCAAUCAAAUGAUGAAGAAGAUUCUGGAGAACUCUAAGGAUAAUUAG